UGUGCGUGUGAGUGCGGUGAUUGGGGCGGUGCGGGUGCAGGGGACGCACAGUGCUUCCUGUACCAGUGUAGUCGCAGGCAGUGAUACAGACAGAGCCGAGAGUGUGCGGCGGGGUACCGGCGGUGCAUGGCAGCGCUCCCAGCCUAUCAAGCCUGAUGGAAGAUUCCGACGAGCGGAGACCCCUGCUGGGCAGCCGAUGGGAUCCUUCCCCGCCGGCCGCGGGGUCGGUGUUCGCCGGCCGCCGCCUGGCCUGUGCCGCGGUGCUGCUGUCCGAGAUGCUGGAGAGAGUGGCCUUCUACGGGAUCACCUCCAACCUGGUGCUCUUCCUGAACGGGCCGGUGUACAACUGGGAGGGAACCCAGGCCAGCCAGGCCCUGCUGCUCUUCAUGGGAAUCACCUACCUGGUGUCCCCGUUCGGGGGCUGGCUGGCGGACGCGCUGAUCGGGCGCUUCUGUACCAUCCUGCUUAGCAUGGUGCUGUACCUGCUGGGCAUGCUGCUCUUCCCCAUGAUCACCUACUCCGACACCCGCACCGGCUUCUGCGGGGACAUCGCCAUGUCCCGGGUGGAGAACUGCAGCACGGCCAACGGCACCUCCAACGGGACCUACGUGCCGUGCGACGAGCAGACGAGCAGGUACUGCGCCGCCCCCAUCUUCAUAGGACUGGUCAUCGUGGGCCUGGGAGUGGGCUCAGUAAAGGCGAACAUCACCCCAUUCGGCGCCGACCAGGUGAAAGAUCGCGGACCAGAGGCAACACGUAGAUUUUUCAACUGGUUCUACUGGAGCAUUAACCUGGGAGCAAUCUUUUCUCUUGGUGGAAUUGCAUAUGUACAACAAAAUGUGGGAUUCCUUAUUGGAUAUAUAAUCCCCACAGUUUGCAUUUGUGUGUCGUUUUUGGUGUUUAUGUGUGGACAGACUGUCUUUAUUACCAAGCCAGCAGACGGCAGUGCCUUUACAGACCUGUUUAGAAUUCUGGGCUACUCUUGCUGUUCAUGGAGACGUUCUACAGAAAACCCAAGAAACGUCCAAAACAAUGGUUCAAAGAGACACAACCAAGGGAUCCUGGAUAUGGCAAAGGCUUCACAUGGAGGGCCAUUCAGAGAAGAUAAAGUAGAAGAUGUGAAAGCGCUUGUAAAGACAAUACCUGUCUUCUUGGCACUAAUUCCUUAUUGGACUGUCUAUUUUCAGAUGCAAACUACAUACGUACUUCAGAGCCUUCAUUUGAGAAUCCCACAAAUAUUUAAUAAUGCAGAUCACACGUUUCCUGCUGCAUGGCUUACUAUGUUUGAUGCGGUACUUAUUUUGCUCCUGAUACCUCUGAAAGAUAAAUUAGUGGACCCGUACUUGAAAAAGAGAGGCUUAUUACCAUCAUCCCUGAAGAGAAUUGCUGUUGGAAUGUUUUUUGUAACCUGUUCAGUCCUAGCUGCUGGUAUUCUUGAAAGUAAAAGGUUGGAGAUUGUGGCAGUGGAUAAAAAGACCCAAAAGAUUGGAAAUGUCACAUAUUAUGCUGCUGAUCUUGCCAUAUGGUGGCAGCUGCCUCAGUAUCUGCUAAUUGGAAUUAGUGAAAUAUUUGCAAGUAUAGCAGGACUGGAAUUUGCGUAUUCUGCAGCACCCAAGUCAAUGCAGAGUGCUAUUAUGGGGUUAUUCUUUUUCUUUUCUGGUAUUGGUUCGUUUGUUGGCUCUGGACUUCUUGCCUUGGUGUCCUUGCCUUCAGUUGGGUGGAUGAGCAGUCAUGAAGAUCAAGGUAACAUCAACGAAUGUCACCUGAACUAUUAUUUCUUCCUACUGGCUGCAAUACAGGCAGCAACCCUCCUGUUAUUUCUCAUCAUUUCUGUGAAAUAUGAGCGCCAGCAGACUAAAGCAAAUGGGAAGUUAUAAGAAUAAGAAGAAAUGUUUAUGGAGCAUUUGUUGAACGAGCAGCUUGGUUGGAAGAGUGGCGGCAAUGUUCUUUAGGAUGCCCAUCUACAAUGUACACAGCUCCAAGUGCCCUUUUCAUCAAAGUGGAGACUUUGUUUUAAAGCUCACUCUUGUUGCACUACUCUGAAACUGCAGGACGGUUCUAAAUCUAGAUACUGUUUUACGCGCUGGAUGUCGGUAUAUUUAGUCAUUGGCUGGUGGGCUCUAGUUUGUUGCAAGACUUCAUAGUGGUCUACUAAAGGUCAUGAUAUAUAUUGGCUAAACUAAAAUUGUGAUGUGUGAAAUAAUGUAGUAGGACUAACCACAAUGGGCUUUUUGAUGGCACCUGAAUGCCUCGUAUGUUUUUUUUUUUUAAUUAUUAUUAACUUUGCCUUUUGCUACUACUGUUUUAUCUGUUGUCCUGGUCAUUGAAGGCUUUUUUUUUCCUCCUGUUCAAUAUUUAGUUUACAACUUCUAAUCGAGAUUGAUAUUGGCCAAGCAUAUGGUUCUAGAGUACUGUGCAUCCACCAUAUAGUAAAUCAAAUAAUGCACAUCUUCUAUACGGUGGUAUAAGGAUUACUAAUCCCAUGCGUUGCGUGUUAAGGUAUAGCACCUCACGGCCUGUGUACAGUAUGCGUAAAUUCUAACGUGUUGCUACCUUGUCUUCUCAAUGGGGUAUCGUCUAAGAAUAUAGUGUCUGUGCAAUUUAUAAAAAAUGUCUAUUACAUUUUUACUAAAUGGAGGAUUUAAUGAUCAUUGACCGUGAAUUACAGUACAUAGGAGGGCAAGAGGAGAGAUUUUUCAAAUCCAAUAUUUAGUAUUGUUUAUUAUAUUAUGUCAAUAUUACCAAAUGCCUACAGCAGUGGUUCCCAAAACCAGCCUACAAAGCACGCAGGCAGGGUUUAAAGAUAUCCAUGGCUAAACACUGAUGGUUAAAUCAAACUGACAGUACUAAUUAAGUCAGCUGUGGCCAAACAUGGAUAUUCCCAGAACCUGGGCCAUUAGGGUGCCUGGAGCAUUGUGUUUAGGAAGCUCUGGCCUACAAGUAAAUUAGCGGCAUAUUUAAAAAUGAUCCAUUUUCCUUUCCUCCAUAAGUUUGUGGCUUCACGCUCUGCUGCAUGAGGACAAGUUUACAGCAUGGCCAAGGUUCAUUUU